AUGGGAGAGGCAGACGUAACUCCGACACAGGCAGACGAGAAGCCUCCGGACGCCGCCUUGGUACCUGGCGAAGAGUCUGUGGUGUGGAGUCACGAAGUGGAGGUCUGCCUCUUCCACGCCAUGAUAGGACACAAGCCUGUCGGAGUGAACCGGCACUUUCACAUGAUCUGCAUCCGAGACAAGUUUAGUCAAAAUAUCGGCCGUCAGAUCUCCUCUUCGGUCAUCUGGGAUCAUCUAGGAAGCAUGUAUGACAUGCAAGCACUGCAUGAGUCGGAGAUCUUACCUUUUCCCAACUCGGAGAAGAGUUUCUUUCUGCCUGAUGACAUCAUCCAGGAAGUGAAGGAAGGCAAGCUGUGCUCCGAGGAGGAUCCAAAGGAGGAACCAGAGCUAGAGCCCCCCUCAAUGCAUGAAGAAGGAAGUAACUCCUCGCUUAAGAUGUCAGAGCGGACAAACGCAGGACGUGAUAAGGAGAAGGGCGGGGUCGAGGGUGUGGCCCCAGGAGGAGCAGGUGGUGGCGCGAAGGAAGCAGAGAAGAGGAAGAGGAGUCGCGCCACGGAGAAACUCCUGUCGUCUUCCAACCCUUCCAGUCCCGGAGGAGCCAAGAGAAGACGCACAUGA